GGUCUUCAGGGCGACCGUAGGUCUCCUUCAAGUGCGCCUGCGCGGAAGAGUAGCGGUGUCGAGUCAGGCUGGCAGCGGAGAAAACUGCGGUAGCGACAUUCAACGCCUCGCCAUGAAGACGCGCUUUAGCACGAUUGACCUCCGAGCCGUAUUGGCGGAGCUGAAUGCUAGCUUGCUAGGAAUGAGAGUAAACAAUGUUUAUGAUGUGGAUAAUAAGACAUAUCUUAUUCGUCUUCAAAAACCAGAUUUUAAAGCAACGCUUUUACUUGAAUCUGGCAUACGGAUUCACACAACAGAAUUUGAAUGGCCAAAGAAUAUGAUGCCAUCUAGUUUUGCCAUGAAGUGCCGAAAACAUUUGAAGAGUCGGAGGUUAGUCAGUGCAAAACAGCUUGGUGUGGAUAGAAUUGUAGAUUUUCAAUUUGGAAGUGAUGAAGCUGCUUAUCAUUUAAUCAUUGAACUCUAUGAUAGGGGGAACAUUGUUCUUACAGAUUAUGAGUACCUAGUUUUAAAUAUUCUAAGGUUUCGAACUGAUGAGGCAGAUGAUGUUAAAUUUGCUGUUCGUGAACGCUAUCCAGUUGAUCAUGCUAGAGCUGCUGAACCUUUGCUUACUUUGGAAAGAUUGACUGAAGUAAUAGCCAGUGCACCUAAAGGAGAACUACUGAAGAGAAUUCUUAACCCAUUACUUCCCUAUGGGCCAGCUCUCAUUGAGCACUGUCUUAUAGAAAAUGGAUUCUCUGGCAACGUCAAAGUGGAUGAAAAACUUGAAAGUAAAGAUAUUGAAAAAGUACUCAUUUGUCUGCAGAAGGCAGAAGAAUAUAUGAAAACAACAUCCAACUUCAGUGGAAAGGGAUAUAUCAUUCAGAAAAGAGAAAUAAAACCAAGCCUGGAAGUAGAUAAACCAGUUGAAGAUAUACUCACGUAUGAGGAAUUUCAUCCUUUCUUGUUUUCUCAACAUUCACAAUGUCCAUAUAUAGAAUUUGAAUCAUUUGACAAGGCCGUGGAUGAAUUUUAUUCGAAGAUAGAAGGUCAAAAAAUUGAUUUAAAAGCUUUACAACAGGAAAAACAAGCACUGAAGAAAUUAGAUAAUGUCCGAAAGGAUCACGAAAACAGAUUAGAAGCUCUUCAACAGGCUCAGGAAAUAGACAAACUGAAAGGAGAACUCAUAGAAAUGAACCUACAGAUAGUUGACAGAGCCAUUCAGGUAGUUCGAAGUGCUUUAGCCAACCAGAUAGAUUGGACAGAAAUCGGGGUAAUCGUGAAAGAAGCCCAAGCUCAAGGAGACCCUGUUGCAAGUGCAAUCAAAGAAUUAAAACUACAAACAAAUCAUGUUACAAUGCUGCUAAGAAAUCCAUACUUAUUAUCAGAGGAGGAAGAUGACGAUGUUGAUGGUGAUGUCAGUGUUGAGAAAAAUGAAACUGAACCACCAAAAGGAAAAAAGAAAAAGCAAAAGAACAAACAGCUGCAGAAGCCUCAGAAAAAUAAGCCAUUGCUUGUUGAUGUUGAUCUCAGCUUAUCAGCAUAUGCCAAUGCCAAGAAGUAUUAUGAUCACAAGAGAUAUGCUGCCAAGAAAACACAAAAAACUGUUGAAGCUGCUGAGAAGGCAUUCAAAUCAGCAGAAAAGAAAACAAAGCAAACAUUAAAAGAAGUUCAAACAGUCACCUCUAUUCAGAAAGCAAGAAAAGUAUAUUGGUUUGAGAAGUUUCUGUGGUUCAUAAGCUCAGAAAACUAUCUAAUAAUAGGUGGACGAGAUCAGCAACAGAAUGAAAUAAUUGUGAAAAGAUACUUAACACCAGGUGACAUCUAUGUACAUGCUGAUCUUCAUGGAGCUACUAGCUGUGUAAUUAAGAACCCAACAGGAGAACCCAUCCCUCCACGGACACUGACUGAGGCUGGCACAAUGGCACUUUGCUACAGUGCUGCUUGGGAUGCACGAGUUAUCACUAGUGCUUGGUGGGUGUACCAUCAUCAGGUGUCUAAAACAGCUCCAACUGGAGAAUAUUUGACAACUGGAAGUUUUAUGAUAAGAGGAAAAAAGAAUUUCCUUCCUCCCUCAUAUCUAAUGAUGGGGUUUAGCUUCCUCUUUAAGGUAGAUGAGUCAUGUGUUUGGAGACAUCGGGGUGAACGUAAAGUCCGAGUGCAAGAUGAAGACAUGGAGACACUGGCAAGUUGCACAAGUGAACUCAUCUCAGAAGAAAUGGAACAACUAGAUGGAGGUGACACUAGCAGUGAAGAAGAUAAAGAGGAAUUACAUGAACCUCCUGUAGAAGUAGAACUUGUGACUCAGGUUGACCAAGAGGAUCUUACUGUUCAGAGUGGUGGUGAUGAACUAAAUGAGGAACUAAUUCAGGAAGAAAGCUCUGAAGAUGAAAGAGAAUCUGAAGUGAUUAUAAAAGAUCAGGAGCCUAUCAGUGAUAUGAAGGAUGAAAGAGAAGAGACACUAGAGUAUCCUGAUACUACUAUUGACUUGUCCCACCUUCAGUCCCAAAGGUCCCUUCAGAAAUUGGCUUCAAAAGAAGAAUCUUCUAAUUCAAAUGACAGUAAAUUACAAGGCCGGAGACAUUUAUCAGCCAAGGAAAGAAGGGAAAUGAAGAAGAAAAAACUUCUAAGUGACUCAGGGGAUUUAGAAGCAAUAGAGGGAAAGGACAAAGAAAGUUCUGUACACAUGGAAACUCAACAGAACACAAACAGAAAUGUUGCAGUUGCACAACCAAUGAAACGAGGACAAAAGAGUAAAAUGAAAAAAAUGAAGGAAAAAUACAAAGACCAGGAUGAAGAAGAUCGUGAACUUAUUAUGAAAUUGCUGGGGUCUGCAGGUUCAAACAAAGAAGAAAAAGGGAAGAAGGCGAAGAAAGGAAAAACAAAAGAUGAACCUGUGAAGAAACAGCCCCAGAAACCUAGAGGUGGACCCAGGAUUUCAGAGAGCAUUAAGAAAGAAACUCCAGCCCUUGAGGUUUUAACUCAUGAGUUACAAGACUUAGCUGUAGAUGACUCACAUGAUGACAAGGAAGAGCAGGAUCUGGAUCAACAGGGAACUGAGGAAAAUCUGUUUGAUUCUUUGACAGGCCAGCCACAUCCUGAAGAUAUCAUACUAUUUGCCAUUCCAAUAUGUGCCCCUUACACCACCAUGACAAACUAUAAGUAUAAAGUGAAACUUACUCCUGGAGUUCAGAAAAAGGGAAAAGCUGCCAAAACAGCCUUGAAUAGUUUUAUGCAUUCCAAAGAAGCAACAGCAAGAGAAAAAGACUUAUUCCGCAGUGUGAAGGACACAGAUUUAUCAAGAAACAUUCCUGGCAAAGUGAAAGUAUCUGCACCCAAUCUUCUGAAUGUAAAAAGGAAAUAGCUGAAAUGAAAUCCUAAAACAUUUGAGAAGAGUCAAUUUUAUAGCCUUUUGGAAGUUCAGAGAUGAAAACACCAUGUAACAGGACUUCCACAUUUAAAAAUGAACUAAACAUUGCCUUGCUGUAUUCGCCAAAACGACUUAAUUCUUGUUUUUUUCCAGUUUUAUAUAGAGGAAACACUGUCUGAUAGGAUUUCCUAAAAUAUUUGUGAAAAGUUAAAUGCUAAUUAUAUUCAUCUGUAGUUAUUCUCCAACAUUAUCUUGAAGUUUGGGAGGUUAAUAUUAAGUAUUCAUUUCAUGAUGUAAAGAAA